AGAAUGUUUCUAGGCUUGCAACAAGGCAAAUGAUGACAACCACCCCGAAAAGGGUACCUAUACCAAGGAAUGGCGUCGAUUAUAGAGGAAAGGUUGUGUUGGCCCCUAUGGUCAGAAGCGGAGAGUGCCCGUCUCGCCUACUCGCCCUGGAAUACGGAGCUGACCUUGUCUGGGGACCCGAGACCAUCGAUAAAGCGUUGAUUGGCACGACUCGGAACAUCAACACGGCGACGAAUACUGUUGAUUUCACUCGCUUAUCAUCAAAUGGCGCCAAAAAUCCGGCUCUCAAUCCAGACCGAAGGGAGAGUGUGAUUUAUCGACUUCAUCCAGGAAGAGAAAGCCGACGUCUAAUCUAUCAGAUCGGCACUUCUAACCCGGAAACCGCUGUAGAGGCUGCGAAGGUCAUCGCGCCGGAUGUGGCUGGUAUUGACGUAAAUGCUGGAUGUCCAAAGCCAUUCAGCACGACUGGCGGUAUGGGCGCCGCCCUGUUGAAGACUCCCGACAGGCUCUGCUCCAUACUGAGAGCGCUGGUGAAGGAAGUUGGCGAGCCCAACGAAAUUGGGAUUAGCGUGAAGAUUCGCAUUCUCGAAAAGCCUGAAGAUACUGAAGCACUUGUGCGCAAGUUGUGUAAGACUGGCAUCACUGGCUUGACCGUCCACUGCCGCACGACACCAAUGAGACCGCGUGAACGAGCAAUCAGAGACCAACUGAAGAUGAUCGCGAACGUGUGCCGCGAGGCCGGGGUCGCCUGCGUGAUGAACGGAGACGUUACGUCACGUGAAGAAGCGCUUGGUCUCAUUGCUGAGUUCGGUUGUGAUGGUGCUAUGAUAGCUACCGCCGCCGAACAGAACCCGUCCAUAUUCCGGCCGAACUUAGAAGGCGGGAAAGCACCUUGGCAAGAAGUCGCAAGAGAGUAUGUCAAGACAGCCAUGGAAGUCCAAAAUCGGUGGGGCAACACCAAGUACCUACUAGGCCAGAUGAUUCCGGGCAAGAGUCCGGCGUACAAAGCCAUGACGCACACUAAGAGCUACAGCGAGCUGGUUCGUAGCCUGGGCUACGACGAUGACCUACUCGCGCUGGCGCGAACCGUCGACAGAGCACUCGACAUUGGCGACUACGAAAAGCCGAAAAUGUCGAAGGCGGAGCGCAAAGCCAUAAACAAAGCUGCCAGGAAAGCAACCGGUGAGGCACAGGCGAGCGACGUCGCAUUUGAGCAGACGACGGCGGGCAUCAAGCGAACAGCGGACAUGGCGGAGCUGGACAUGCCGCCCGAUGUCGCCGGCGACUGCGGUCCAGCGAGCGUACCGGAGCACGCGUCUGCUUUGGCUGUCUAGGCUUGCCUCCGUGCCGCUUGCUGGAAUAGGGUUCCUGCAAAAACCAAGUGCUGGAAUGUGGGUUACCGUCGAAUAGGACAUUCUCUAAUCGAAGUCGUGGAACAAUAAAGACCGAA